UCCACCUCACUCCCUCCCUCUCCCUCUCUCGCUGCUCUCUCUAUAGCUCUGUAAGUUUCUUCUUUCUGCCCAUAGCCUCGAUAUGUCUUUCUGGUGGAUUUAUCUUGCCCUGCUCACUCUCGCCUUCUCACAUAAUACCCAGGCUCUCAGGACAUACCCAUCCAAUGAAGUCUUGACGUCUGAUGCAUUGCACCCCUGUGUUCAAUCAUCAUGCUCAGUCACUUUACUGGACUCAAUGUCUGCAAUUGGAGAUCUGGGAUGGGUAGCCUAUCCCCCAGAUGGGUGGGAAGAGAUCAGUGUAAUGGAUGAAAGAAAUACACCUAUGAGAACAUAUCAAGUGUGCAAUGUUUUGGAGGUCAGUCAAAAUAACUGGCUAAGAACCAGCUGGAUCCCAAGAGGAAAUGCUCAGCGUGUGUACAUUGAAAUAAAGUUCACUUUACGUGACUGCAACAGCCUCCCUGGGGUUUCAGGUACAUGUAAGGAGACCUUCAACAUGUACUACUAUGAAUCUAAUAACAGCAACUUGAAGUUUAUUAAAGAAAACCAAUAUGUCAAAAUUGACACCAUAGCAGCAGAUGAGAGCUUUACCCAGGUGGACGUUGGAGACAGAGUCAUGAAACUGAACACAGAAGUGAGAGACAUCAGUAACUUGUACAAGAAAGGUUUCUAUUUGGCCUUCCAAGAUGUUGGAGCUUGCAUUGCAUUAGUUUCCGUUAGGGUGUUUUAUAAAAAGUGUCCCAUGACUAUACGUAACCUUGCCCUGUUCCCGGAUACUGUUACUGGUGGAGACUCUGCCCUGGUGGAAGUUAAGGGAUCAUGUGUAAAUAACUCUGUGGAAUUUGAUGUACCUAAAAUGUACUGUAGCGCUGAUGGAGGAUGGUUAGUACCUAUUGGCCGGUGUGCCUGCAAGCCUGGCUAUGAAGAGAAGAGAGAAGCAUGCAUACCCUGCCGCCCUGGUUUCUACAAAGCUCUGCUGACUGACACCUACUGUACAAAGUGCCCUCCUCGAAGCUCCUCUCUACAAGAUAGUGCCGCUGAAUGUGCAUGUGAUAAAAACUUCUACAGAGCAGAGUCUGAUCCAAAAUCAGCAGCAUGUACAAAGCCACCAUCUGCUCCAGAUAAUCCAGUUAUCACUGUCAACGAGACAUCCGUCAUCAUGGAUUGGAGCCCUCCUGACAACACCGGAGGGAGACUGGACGUUUCAUAUAACAUACAUUGCCGAAGGUGCUAUGCAGAAAUGCAGAAAUGCAGCCCUUGUGGCAGUGGGAUCCAUUAUAUUCCAAGGCAGUUUGGUCUGGACCUUCCUAGAGUUCUUAUCACAGACCUGCUUCCUUAUACCAACUACACAUUUGACAUUGAGGCUGUGAAUGGGGUAUCUGAGCUGAGUUCUGGCCCUAAACAGUUCAUUUCUGUCAAUGUUACGACAAGUCAAGUAGUAAAUGUGAUCCUAAAGGAAAGGAAGAGCAAAGACAGCGUGACUUUGGCUUUCCAAGCUCCAGAAAAGUCCAGUGACAUGGUGGUGGAAUAUGAAGUCAUUUAUUAUGAAAAGUAUCAAAAGGACCAGAAUUACACAGUAUUAAAAACACGAUCUAGUUCCAUGACUGUGGAUGGCCUGAAACCCGGAACUAUUUACAUCUUCAGAGUAAAAGCUCACACUCUUGGUGGCCAAGGAAUAUACGGAGGGGAAAUAGAGUUGGAGACAAGCACAGAAGACAUGGUCGCCAUUGCCGAUGUGGGUCACAUCACAAUACUUGCUAUCACUGUGGCUGGAGGACUGAUUUUACUUAUUUUCCUGGUGACCUGUUUCUUUCUCAGUGGAAGAUCCGUUUAUAUGCGUUCCUGCUGCGGUUCUAACCCACCUCACCCUGAUCCAAAAAAGAACCGUGGGUACGAGCCCUUAAAGAUACAUUGUGGUUAUAUUAAAGCCAAACAAGACCCAGAUGAAGACAAGAUGCAGUUUCAGCACGGAAGAGUAAAGUUGCCGGGGAGUAGGACCUACAUUCACCCUCACACCUAUGAAGAUCCUAACCAGGCUGUACGGGACUUUGCAAAAGAAAUUGAUGCAUCUGCUAUUGGGAUUGAGAGAGUCAUAGGUGCUGGGGAGUUUGGAGAAGUGUGCAGCGGGCACUUGCGAUUGCCCAGUAAGAGAGACAUUUGUGUGGCUAUUAAGAGCCUAAAAGCUGGGUACUCUGAGAAACAACGCCGAGACUUUCUGGGAGAGGCAAGCAUCAUGGGACAGUUUGAUCACCCCAAUAUUAUCCGUCUGGAAGGUGUCGUCACUAAGUGUAAACCAGUGAUGAUUAUAACCGAAUUUAUGGAAAAUGGCUCUUUGGAUACCUUCCUAAAGAAGCAUGACGGCCAAUUCACCGUGAUUCAGUUAGUAGGGAUGCUGCGAGGCAUAGCUUCUGGUAUGAAAUACUUAUCUGACAUGAACUAUGUCCACAGAGAUCUGGCUGCUAGAAAUAUUUUGGUCAACAGCAACCUGGUAUGCAAAGUCUCUGACUUUGGCCUUUCUCGAGUCCUGGAGGAUGAUCCUGAAGCAGCAUACACCACAAGGGGGGGUAAAAUUCCCAUCCGAUGGACAGCGCCGGAAGCCAUCGCUUACAGAAAGUUUACGUCAGCGAGUGAUGUGUGGAGUUAUGGAAUUGUCAUGUGGGAGGUGAUAUCAUAUGGUGAACGACCCUACUGGGAAAUGUCCAACCAAGAUGUAAUAAAAGCAAUAGAUGAAGGAUACCGGCUUCCUCCUCCUAUGGACUGCCCAGUGGUGUUGCAUCAGCUUAUGUUAGACUGCUGGCAAAAAUGUCGAAGUGACCGGCCUAAGUUUGGUCAAAUUGUUAAUAUUCUGGACAAAUAUAUAAGGAGCCCAAGUUGUCUGAAUGAACUUGCCAACAGCUCUACGUGGCAGGACCCGAGUAUGCACGAUUCAUUGCCAGUCACUACUGUUGAACAGUGGCUUGAAGCCAUCAAGAUGAGCCAGUACAUAGAUAACUUCACAAUGGCAGGCUAUGUGACUCUAGAAUCAGUGCUAUACUUAAGCAGCAACGAGCUGAGCAAAAUGGGAAUCGCAUUAGCUGGGCAUCAGAAGAAAAUUCUUGCCAGCACACAGAAUCUUCAGGUCCUAGGGACCCACCUGCAAAUCUGACCACCUUGAGGAUUUUUAGUGUCUUUGAUGCUCACCAGGAAUCUUCUCGGCCCUACCAGAAGCAGUAUAUUCAGACUUGACUACUGUGUUCCUGUUUCAUCUUCCAAUAGCAAAAAUUACUGCAGGGAAUGAUCCGUUCAUCCAGCCAGCUUCACAAAGGGCAAUUAAAACGCAACAAUAGUCUAAAGAUUUGACUAUGGUGCCUUUGGAAUGGUGUUUUGGAUCAAGAGCAUCCAUGGAAACUAAAAGCAACAGUAUGGCCGUUAACUGUACAAAGACAUGGAAAGUAUCAGUGACAAAGACUAUGAUUUGAUGACACAGCAUUUUGUACAUUAUGAGAAUUAGAUAUUGUGGGACAAAUUUGAACCCAUGUUGACUUGUGAAACAGACAAAAGACAGAUCUCAUGUUCAUAGACGCUGCUGACUUUGGUUGGACAUGGUGUUGUUUUUCAGCUAUUGCGUAGGUGGCCAGUUAAGAAAAAGAUGUCUUUGGUAUGUAGAAUGCCUUCAGAAUUUCAUUGAACCCACUUCAUGUGCACUGAGAAGACAAUGAAAGAAUAUCUGUCCAUUGUCAUCUUGUAUUCCAUCUUCAGACACGAUUGUUUGUCCCAAGCAUCGCUGCCUCCAGCUCUUAAAGGAAAUGCAUACACUGCAUUAUAUAUGUGUGUAUUUAUGAAGAAAAAAUAUGUAUAUUUUGAUUUUCAUAUCCCAGGUCUGUAGCCAUCACAUUUAUGAUUGCUCACAAUGCAUUGUCCAGAGAAACUGUAAAUUCCAUGUAGCAUUUGUAUUGCUUUGAUAGCAGUGUCUUUAAAUAAAUGGAGCCACAUAACACA